AUGAAAUCGUUUCAACUCACGCUGCUCGCCACCGCCUGCUUCGCCCUCGCUCCGAUCACGUUCGGCGCCAACUCCGCAAGUUAUUCGAUUUCGCCCCAGAUCAUCCCCGGUCGCUACAUCAUUGCUGUCGGUGGUUCAAGUAGUCCUCUGAGCAAGCGCGCCUCGGAAGUGGUAAGUUCAUCUCGUGUAGCUGGUUGGACACAGCUGAGCCUACUGGAUUCCGUCCGACAAUGUUUGCGGUGUUGACGCGGCUCGACGCGUCAGGACGCGUCAGGACGAGUUGAAGGAAGCCGACGAUCUCGGCGCAGGGGACUUCGACCUUAGUCAUGUGAGGCUGACGUCUGCUGUUUUUCCCAUGUUCAUCUCAGGUAAUCUCCGGUGUCAUCAGCAAGAUCAACAGCAAAGGCAUCAAUGUCGAGACUAAGAAGGUUUUCCAAUCGCCCGGGGUACUCACUGGGGCGAGUAUUUCGGUGCCCGAGAGCACCACUGCCGCCGACCUACUUGCGAUCCCAGGUGUCACGGUGAGCCACCCAGCUACUUUGACUAUCGUUUGCUAUAGUUUGGGGAUGUAUGGCUAUUGACGCAGUCGCAUACACCGCCCUAUAGCACGUUUGGCCGGUCCGAAACAUUCCCCACCCACUGCACCCAGACAGCUUCACAUCAGCUCCGAGAGGUAUUGUUGGAGUCGAAAAUGAGAAAGUCGUCCGACGAAACCUACUCCAGCGUCGAGCCAGCAAUGAUUUCGAGAACGACCAGUUCCCACCUCAUCAAACGACCGGUGUUGACAAGCUCCACGCCAAGGCCUACCUCGGCGCUGGCAUCCGAGUCCUCGUCAUCGACAUCCGAGUCCUCGUCAUCGACACGGGUGUGGAUUACAAGAACCCGAUCCUCGGCGGAUGCUUCGGGAAAGGCUGCAACGUCGGCUUUGGUCAUUCCUUCGUGACCGAUAACGGAACACCCACGAGUGAACCCGACCCUUACACCAAUUGCAGCUCCCAUGGUACUCACGGUUAGUCCACGGAGCCUUGGGAUCCCCUGCGCAGCACUUGCAUUGACGAAACCUGCCAUGCGCAAGUCUUCCCACGGUGCAGCAGCGUUUGCUCACGUCUAAUUUGGUUGCUUCAACAGUCUCUGGAACCAUCGGUGCCAACCCAAACAAAUACGGCUUCACCGGUGUCGCUCCCAAGGCAACGCUUGGCAUGUACCGCAUCUUCCCGUGCUCCGGCCCCACCCCCGACGACGUCACCGUGGAAGCAUUACUGCGCGCCAUGGAGGACGACGUCGAUGUAAUCAACAUGAGUCUGGGCUCUCCCAGUGGUUGGAUGGGCGUUUCCUCCGUCGAACACGUCGUCCAAAAGCCCAUCGCUAAAGGGAUCCACGUCGUCACCUCGGCGGGCAACGAUCAGUCCGAAGGCAUGUUUUACGCCAACAGUCCGGCCGCGUCCCGGGAUGGUAUCAGCACGGCCUCGGUCGACGUUACCGUCGUCCCUGCGUAUAACAUGGUUUUCAACACGGGAGGCUAUCCAUCGAUGAGCGUGUUCAGUGCCAAGCCACUCGGAGUUGAUCAUCCCAUGCCGCUAUACAUCACCUCGACCGACCUCCACGUCGACAACGACGCAUGCGAGCCCUUGCCCAAGUCGACCCCGAAUUUGCGCAAUCACGUCGUUGCAGUCCGUCGAGGGACUUGCUACAGUAGCACUAAGCUCAAAAAUUUGGCAGCCAAGGGUGCUCGAUACGUCAUUGUCUACGGAGCGGAAGGUGCGGAGAACGAUCCCUUCUUCACAGCGGACGGCACCGGGGUGAAAGCCGUCGGGGGAAUGACACGUGCCGAUGGGGUCAAGUUAAUCAAGUACUACCUCACACAAGAUAAGAAGGGCGGUCUCCAGGUCACCUUGCCGAGCAACAGCAAACAACUUCGCGUCGAGCAGACUCUCUCUGGUGGGGAGAUCAGCGAUUUCAGUCAAUUUGGACCUACGAAUGACCUCUACGGCCAGCCGAGCCUCGCUGCCCCUGGAGGUGGCGUCCUGUCCACCUUCCCUCUCUCUUUUGGUGGAGUAGGAGUCAUUAGUGGUACUUCGAUGGCCUCUCCGUUCGUUGCGGGCUCUGUCGCGUUGAUUUUGGCCGCUCGCAAGAAGGACAACUUCACACCGAUCGAGAUGCGCCAGCUCCUAUCGUCGACAUCCAAGUCGAUCCCGGUUAAGAGGGGGACCAAGAAUCCCCUGACGACCGUUGUUCUCCAAGGUGGCGGCCUGAUCCAGGUCGAUAAGGCUUUCGAGGCCAAGUCGUACUUUAGCCCCAACGAGUUGUAUCUCAACGACACGGCUCACUUCGCCGCCACGCAGACGGUGACGAUCACGAACAAGAACUCGAAAGCGGUCACGUACCGCUACUCGGACACGGGUGCCCAACCUCGUCUUGUGUACGAUAAGAAGGGACAGUACAACCCUUCGCUCAGCCCUGGUGCCCUGUCGAGGGGCGCCUCGGUCACCUUCCGCCCCGGACGAGUCACGAUCCAGCCCGGCAAGACAUCGACGUUCCAGAUCAAGUUCCAACCGCCGCAGUUCUCUGCCGGUCAACGCGCGCUCUUCCCCGUCUACAGCGGUUUUAUCAUGGUCACGGCCGACAACAAGGAGUCGUUCCAGAUCCCCUACUUUGGUCUCGCCGGUAACAUGCGCGAUAUGCAGAUUAUCGAUCAGACGGACAAGUUUGCCGGUCAGACUGAGAAGGGCCUGCGGUACCCGUUCAUCAUGGGCGACGAUAAGAAACCGCAGCUCAGCCCUACAACUGUCAAGACGUACAAGAUGGAAUCGGGCGUCGCCAUUAAUUUCCGUCUGGCGCGUGAGUUGCUGUACCUGCUUGACUCCGUACACUUCCUUUCUCGUGGCUAGCCUGGGGGUUUCAUACUGAUGGCUCUUGCUUUGCUCGCUUCUCACAGAGGCCUGCCGAGCGUUCAACCUCGAUCUCGUCUUCGCCAACACGACCUUCAAGCCCACCAUCUCACCGGGAAACAACGCCGACUUGAGUCGUCGCUCGCUCGAGGACGGUGACCUCGACCUCAGCCAGGGCUUCCUCGAGACGACCGACAACCCUCUCGAGGACUCGCAUCUCGCACCUCGUCGCGAAAGCCAGUCCUACGCUUCGGUCCCGACAGUCGGCCACAUCUACGGCGACCUGAACGUCGCUCGUGAUGCGGCUGUCACCAAUCGUGGUCCAUUCCCUUUUGCCUGGAAGCGACUCAAUUUUACGGGGAGCUAUAACCCCCGCGACGCGCCGAAGGAGGAUGCGAAGGCGGACACGUUCACGCCUUACCGAUUCCUUCUCCGGUGAGUUCUAUGGCAUGGGUAAAAAUGAAUAUUGUAGCUUUGGUGAACGACACUGACGUUCCCUAUCAUACUCUCAUAGUGCGGUGAGGACGACCGCGGACCCUACCGAUGAAGCCAGUUGGGAAAGUUGGCUCAGCCCUCCCUUCCAAUUCUCGUGA